GACAGCCGUUCCGCCAUUCCUUUCUUUGUCACCGCCAGAGCAUUUCCCGCCGUCCGCUCGCUUCCAUGUGCGCGCCUGCGUGCGCUUGCUGGUGGACUCACUGAGUAAGAGUGUGUUUCGUGUGUAAACGUCAGCGUGUAGCCGGCUCGGCGCAACGCCAUGCCGGGAAUUGUGUGGCAGAAGCUCGACCCGGUGACCAUGUCGCGGCUCGGCGUCGACCUCAUACGCGAAGAAUUGGCCCGUCGACAGCUGGACAUCACAGGUUCGAAAGAGGAGCUCUUUCAGCGUUUGCAAGCCGACAUUCAGCAGCAGCGUGAAGCUACCCCCUCGGUUGAAACGAAUGAAUCCGCCUCGACCGCUGCGGCGCCUUUAACGCUGGACCCAGCCACUCUACAGAGCCUCGCCAUGCUGUUCCAGCAGCUACCUCGCCCUGCAACAACGGUGACGACACUGCCAGACCUAUCAUCGUCCAUUCCGCAAUUUGCUGGCUUGCACAGCCACAGUGUCAAUACAUGGCUUGACGACGUGCGACGAGUACAGCAGCUCGCCUCGUGGGACGACGCCACCACACGCCUGAUCGCAGCUAGCAAGCUGAAAGGCACGGCGCGAGACUGGCAUCUCGCGUUCGGCAACCAGUACAGCACCUGGGCCACGUGGAGUGCCGCCCUGAAAGACACAUUUUGUACAGAAUUGUCCUUCAUCGAGUGGCAAGAGCAGGUCAUGAGAGUAACCCAGGCCCCAUCCGAAAGCUUGCACCAAUAUGCCUUUGCCAAGUUGAAGAUCAUUGAGCGUUGCCCCGUUCACCUCUCGGAGGCCCAAAAGAUUGACUACCUGCUGCAUGGUUUACGGGAACAACACAUCCUCGCCGCCAUAGCAGCCAACCGGCCGCCCACGGUAGCUGAGUUUAUUUCUACCUGCACUAGCCUCGACAAGAGUGCGCAACAUCUGCACGCCAAAGCAAGCCCGUCACCAUUGGCCGGUUCUGUGUUGCCGCCGACGCAACCCUUUCGUGCCGCUAAGCCCGCAGAGCGACAGCAGCCUCGCUCAGAACAAUCGACACCACAGUCCUCCCGAGGGGCCACACCAAAAACGCGCAUUUCAGAGCUGCCCACCGAGCAACAAGAAGCUACUUAUGCAGCUAUUUCGGUACAGUACGGUGCUCCAGCUUUUCGUAGUGGUCAAGACCUGUCUCAAGCUGUCUGCUACCAAUGUCAUGCCUUGGGUCAUCUGGCAUCCAAGUGCCCUACGCGCACCAGCCGCUUAUCAUAG